CAAGUGCAGUGCGUGUUUCAUGAGAUUGGGAAGAAGGAAAAGAGAUAGAAGCAAAAUCAAUGGCUAAGAGCAUCUGCUUCUCUGCGGUGGUCGUCAUCUUCCUCUUGCUGGCUUCCACGGGGACGACAAAGGGGGAGGAGAGGAAGAGGUGUGAAUGGGAAAGCAAGAACCUGCCGAACUGGAAUUGUUGGUACAACAAUUUGGGGAAGAAAGUGUGCGAUGACCUCUGCAAGGGCGAAGGCGCUGAUUAUGGAGUCUGCCUUCCCAACUCCGGCCAUUGCCACUGCCACCUCCGAAACUGCCCCUGAUUCUAUACAUAUAUGUAUGCCUAUGAUUCUUUAGUAAUACUAUGUGGCAAUAAUAUUUUGAUGGAGUAUGUAUGCAUGCUCAUUACGUGGUUUCGUUUGAUGAAUUGUGACAAGCAACAAUUGCACGUUUGCUUCUAUUG